AUGCCACCGUUCGUCCCCCGCAAGCGCUUCUCCGAGGACCCGGACCCGCCCCCGGCCAAACGCCAGGCCCAGGCCGAUGACUCCACCAAGCCCUCUCACAUUAGUGACUCCGAUUCAGAUUCGGACUCUUCGUUGAGCGAUGUGCCAGAGUCUGCCAAUGCUACUCCCCAGGCGCCGCGCGCAUCUGGCGACGAUGAUGAAGGUGAGGAGGAGGAAGAGGACGAUAUCGACUGGGAAGAUGCGAUCGACACUAAGACAACGAGCGCGACCACUCCAAGCAUGGCCGUCGCUGAGAUUCAAGAUCUAGAAUUGACGCUAGAUAAAGAUGAACAUCAUGUCUCAGACCUCCUGGAUGGCAAGAAAGGGCCGUCCAAGAUUGAGCGCCUGAUUCGCAACCAGACGCACUGCAUGCAUGUCCAGUGCUUGCUCUUCCAUAAUGCCAUUCGCAAUGCCUGGAUCAACGAUAAGAAGGUCCAAGAAGCACUACUCCAGAAGCUGCCAGAAGGCAUCAAAAAUGAAGUAAAGAAAUGGCGCAUUGCAGCGGGGAUAGAGAUCCCGGAGCCGAAGCCUCCCCCACCGAAGAGCAAGAAGAAAGGGAAACAGGCUCGAAAGAAGCAAGACUGGGGUGAAGAAUCCGAACGACUGGAGCCGGGUCAGCCAGAUAUGAGCGCGGGCGACCCGAUCAUUCCUCUGCUCAAGGUCCUGGUUGCGUACUGGAAGAAACAGUUUCAUAUUACAGCUCCUGGCCUCCGGAAGCAUGGUUAUCGCCCAGUCUCCUCAGUCGAGGUCAUAAUGAAUGAGUUCAGGGAGGAAGACCACAACCCAGAAAUCCACGGAGAACGGAUCGCGAAUCUCGAAGAGUUCCGAUCAACGGCAGAGCGAAUGCAGGGCUCUCGGGACGUUGGCGCCCAGCUAUUUACAGCUUUGAUCAGAGCUUUAGAGAUUGAAGCACGGCUGGUAGGCAGUCUACAACCACUGGGAUUUGGCUGGACCAAAGCAGAAACUGCCUCCCCACCUACUCCAUCCAAGACGGAGAAAAAAGAGAAAGUCGAGACUGAUGUUGACGCUGGUGGUUUCGACCCCGAGAUCGACUCAGAACAGGACCUUCCAAAGGCAAAGAAGAGCAUCCCAAAGUUCGACAAGGACCUACCCUUCCCUAUAUACUGGACUGAAGUUGCCUCGCCGGUCACGCAUCAGAUUAUCGCGAUUGACCCUCUGGUCCUUCCAAAUUCCGUUGCAACAACACCGGACUUUCAAGCAGCAUUCGAGCCACGCGGAGCCAAGGCAGAACGCGCCAAGCAGGUAAUAUGCUACGUAGUCGCACACUCGCCCGAUGGAACCGGCAAGGACGUCACCACGCGAUACCUUCGACGGCGAACAUGGCCAGGCAAGACCAAAGGAUUCCGGAUGCCUGUAGAGAAAAUCCCGCAACCGGGCCGCCGAGGACAAUACUUUGAGUAUGACUGGUUCAGAACGGUCAUGCGUGGAUACGAAAGGCAUCCAGACCGCAGAACCAAGGUUGACGAGGUCGAGGACGCAGGAGAUCUUCAACGAAAGCAACCGGAAAAAAAGAAAACGGCCCAGACCACUGAUACUCUUCAGAGCCUUCGCCAAUCGACCGAAUUUGUGCUGGAGCGCUUCCUGCGCCGUGAAGAGGCCUUGAAGCCGGGCUCAGAGUCAGUUCGCACCUUUACUGCAGGCAGAGGUGCCAAAGCCAAGGAAGAACCCGUGUUCCUCCGAGCACAUGUCGUCAAGUGCAUGUCGGCAGAGAGUUGGCAUAAAGAAGGCCGCAAGAUCCAGCCUGGCGCGGUCCCUCUGAAAAGAGUGCCCAUUCGAGCCGUAACACUGAUGCGCAAGCGCGAAGUCGACGAGCUGCAGCGUGAAACGGGAGAAAAACCCAUGCAGGGAUUAUAUUCUCGCGAACAGACCGAGUUCAUAAUCCCUCCGCCCAUUGAAGAUGGCAGAAUUCCAAAGAAUGACUACGGGAAUAUCGACUGUUUUGUACCUACUAUGGUACCGCGCGGCGCCGCCCAUGUCCCGCUCCCUGGAACUGUACGAAUCUGCAAGAAACUGGGCAUCGAUUAUGCUGAAGCAGUCACCGGGUUCGAGUUUGGUUCAAAGAUGGCAGUACCCGUGAUUCAGGGUGUGGUCAUUGCCGCUGAGAAUGAGGAUCUGCUGAAAGAUGCCUGGCGAAUUGAAGCUGCUGAAAAACGCAAGCGCGAAGAGCUCAAAGCUGAGAAGCGGAUUUUGCAGACAUGGCGUAAGUUCCUGUUCGGCUUGCGUAUCGCUGAACGUGUUCGUGAAGAAUACGGUGGAGAUCCAGAUGCAGAUCGUGAGCAAGAUUCUCAUAAUCCAUUUGCUACUCGGAAGAAACACCAGGAACAUGACGCUGGGGAUGGGCACGAGGAGGAUCAUCUCGAAGAGACUUCUCACAACCCCAUUGACCAUGGUGGUGGGUUUCUUUUGCCUGGCGAAGGGGAUGACGAAGAUCACGGCUUGAUUGUUGAGCAUCAUGAUGAAAGCAAUGAAGGCCCACCCAAGUCUCAUCCCCACGACUCGGGAAAUGAAGAUGAUGAUAUUGAGGAGCUGUCACCACCCAUCUCGAUACCCGACUCUGACGAGGACAACGAGCCUGAAUAUGAACCAUCCACUCGAAAUACUAGACGGCGAGGUCGUGGCGGUUGA